AUGGCGGCGCAAUCGCAAUCACACUCGGAGUCGGAGGGGCUUCCUCGCUUAGGUUUCCUCAUGGAGGGGCCUGACCCAACCACCACCACUACCCCAUCCGCCGCCAAGCGGACCCUCGCGGAGGAAGAGAACUACCGUUCCUCCUCGAUCAUCCCCGCGCCGCCCUCCGCGGACACUGGCGCCGGGGAAGACCCUGUUGCACGGGUCGGUGUCGCUACUGGGGAGGCGGAGGGGCAUGGAGGACACGAUGACGGAGGUGACGGGCUUCUCGGCAGGUGGGUACGGGUAGUUCGCGGUGCACGACGGGCACGGGGGAGCGAUGGUGGCGCGGGCGUGCCGGGACCGGCUGCAGGUGGCUGUGACGGAGGGCCGCCCGGGUGGGUGAGGGGGCGGAGACGUGGAGGUGGGCGUGAAGGUGGACGCCGAGGUGAUGUUGGAGGCCACGGAUCUGUAGCAGGCGUUGGUGGUGGCAGACAAGUGGAUCAUGGUGGCCACAUGCGGCGGCUCCCGGACGGUGCUCUCACGCGGCUGGGUGGCCGUGCCCCCUUUCUAUCCAUCAAGGCUAUCAUGCAACCUUUUUACAAUUGGCAAGCUCAAUUCUUUAUCAAGAGUGAUUAAUCACAUAGCAAAUUCAUGACCCUGCUGUUAUUGUGUGGAUGUAAUAGGUAUCCAUUUCCACCAUUCUAAGCACUACAGUUUAUGCAACUUAAGCCUGAAUAAUUGCUCUGUGGGUUUCGUCAUUGAUACAAGCUCAUAAAAAUACACAUGGUAUGUCUUUUUUCUAUAACAAACAUGAAAUAGCAAAAUGAUAUAUGAGGUUUUGUGAUUGUCAGUAAGUACCUGUCUUUCAUUUCUUAAUCUAGAACUAAAUACUUGGUGUUUGUUCUCAAAGUGUGUACACUUAAGAAAAUACUAAUGAAUUUACAAACAAAAAAACAUCGAUACUAAUGAUUGGCUUCUUCCUAAAAGCCUGACAGGCCAGAUGAGCUCAUAAGAGUGGAAGAAUCUUUUAUUGGGACUGUUGUGUCUUAGUAGGUGUAUUAUCCACUUCUAGGUCCUUUGGUAACAUUCAUACUUAAUUGACGACAUCGAUAAAUACAUUCGUUCAAUUAGUUAUUUUGGAAUACCAAAUCUUAUGUUCAACCAUGAUAAAAUUUGACAGAUUGGUUUCUGUCGAUAAAGAUCAUUACUUCACAAAGGGAAGAGAGGGAAAAGCUCAUCCUCUUUUAAUCAUCGACUGAUGGGAAUCGACAAAUCAAAACCAGUAACCAAAGAGUUUAGAUCCCAGUACUGCAUGAGAAG